AAGUUCCAAGCUGAAUACCCUGCCCAACUAAUCAGUAAUCACCAUCUUCCCUUUAAACACAAAAACACAUUCCUCUUACCAUAAUAAAUCCUAUCGCAUCUCCAAUGGCUUCCAUACCUCUCUUCCAAAUCAACUCUCUUUCCCCUCUCUCUAACCGGAGCCCCAAACCCGUAUCCACCAUCUCUUUCAAUCCAUUCUCACUUCAAACAUCCCAAUUAAAUAUUACUAACAAACAUAAUUCCAUUAUUACAAAAUCUUCUUCUUCUUCUCCAAGUGAUAGCUCAAAUAAUGAAACCCCAAUUGAACUAAGGUUUCCUGCCUUUCCAACUGUUAUUGAUAUCAAUCAAAUUCGCAGUUUUUUGCCUCACAGGUUUCCAUUUCUUUUGGUGGAUAGAGUGAUUGAGCAUAAUCCAGGUGUUUCAGCAGUUGGGAUCAAGAAUGUGACUAUUAACGAUAACUUUUUUCCAGGCCAUUUUCCGGAGAGGCCAAUUAUGCCCGGUGUACUCAUGGUUGAGGCAAUGGCACAAGUUGGUGGUUUGGUAAUGCUGCAGCCGGAAGUGAGCGACUUAGGUAACAAUUUUUUCUUUGCCGGAAUUGACAAGGUGAGGUUCAGAAAGCCGGUGGUUGCUGGAGACACUUUAGUAAUGAGAAUGACACUAAUCAAACUUCAAAAACGCUUUGGAAUCGCAAAGAUGGAGGGAAAAGCAUACGUUGGAGGUGAGGUCGUUUGUGAAGGUGAAUUUUUGAUGGCUAUGGGUAGCAGUGAGUAAUAUAUUGGCAAUCCAUGGUUUACUAGCUUAAAGCUUGUAUGUUUUUCUGUUCUUUUUUUCUACCUAUAUUAACUGAAGCACUCUAAUUAUAACCUUAUUUGAUUAGUUUAAUGAGCCAAUUCUUUUUGUGCC